AUGACAACGCUAUCUCCGGCACGCGUCGCCGGCUUAGCCUCGCGGUGUUUAACGAACGAGCUGCAGGGGCUCGCGCGGGCGGGGGACUGGGAGGGCGCGCUCGCGGCGUUUCGCCGGAUCGAACCCUCGACCGCGAUUCGCGAGAACGUGUUCCACUACACCACCGUCCUCCACGCCUGCGGUCGGGCGGGGCGGCUGCGGGAGGCCUUUGAGGUGUUUGACCAGAUGAAGGCGCGGCGGGUUCGGCCGAACGUCUUCACCUACACGGUGCUGAUCGACGCGUGCGGGCGGGCGGGGAAGGUCGAGGAGGCGUUUUGCCUCUUCGCCGAGAUGCGGCUGCGGGGGGAGGCGCCGAAUGUGAAGACGCUGACGGCCCUCGCCGCGGCCUGCGCGCGGGUGGGGCGGUGGGAGAAGGCGAUGGCGGUGCUCCGCGCCGCGGAGGGCUUCGCGAUCGCGCCGAACGUCCUGACCUACACGGCGGUGAUGGAAGGCUGUCGGCGGGCCGGCGUGUGCGCGCCCGCGCUCGCUCUCCUCGCUCGGAUGCGGGAUCCCCAAAACGUGCGGCCGAACCCGGUGACGUACAACACCGCGUUGGGGGCCUGCGUCGCCGCGAAGGAUGCCCACGCCGCACGGCGGGUGUACGCCAGGAUGGUGGCGGAUGGGUAUAAACCGCUCCCGUACACGCGGGAUUUGCUGGGGGAGCUGUUUAAAGGAACGGAGAUGGAGGGGUGGGUGCGGGAGAUGGCGAUUCAGCCCAAGGCGGGGCGAUACGAGGCGCCCACCGCGGAUCCAGCCCCUGAUCCCACCAUCGCGGCUUCCGAAGAGGAUAAAAAGGAAUCGUAA